GCAAUUUCUAAUUUUAAUUGUUUCAAGUUCUUUUAAUUUUAGCAAUUUUUAUAUACAGAAAAUAAUGCGUUGGAUGAAAUGAGAAAUUUUCCUGUUACUUUGUUGGCGUGUUACGUAUUUAAAAUAUUUAAAAACAUUUUCGACUUCUCCAAGUGACAGCUUGAAGUUUUUCCUACAAUUUAUCUUGUAACGCAAUUUCUCUACAAUUGUUUAUUGAGUUAUCGAGAGAUACUAUCGAAGAAGAAACGAGCAUUUUGACUUUAAUUGCUCUUAACUUUGUUAAUGAUCAUCAUACAAAGCUUCAAGAAAUGGAUUAUUAAAGUUGAAACUUUGUACUUUAUCAAUAUCUCAAUCAAUAUAAUUGCUAUUGUUUUUUAAAAAACUUCGAAACGUGUUAUAAUACAAAUGCGUGAAGAUAAUAUAAAAUUCGCGAUGUUUUACUUUUCUAUUCAGAUCCAGAAACAAUUGUGUAGAAUAAUUCAGACACACAAAAAAUUAUGUAGAACAAAAUAUUUUUUAAUUUUACUUUUCUCAAAUCUUUAUUCAACAAAAAAUUGUGACAUUUUUUUAAUAGUAGCUACUAUGAUUUUAUGGAGCGAAAAACGUACGAAAAAUUAUGAAAUUAUUUAUUUUCGGUGAAGGAAAGGAAAAAGUGGAAAACAAAGUUCUCUGAACAUGUACUAGAAAAUUGUUUUGAUAGUACGCUGACACUAUAUCUUAAAAAUCAAUUUAUAUUGUUCAUCAUUUACCUAACUAAUUACCAUACUACUUCCUUUAUUGUACCUAUACUUCGAAGCUUUGUAACAACUCUUUUAUCAUAUUGUAACAAUAUCUCAACACAAGCUAACAAGCCUAUCAACACAAGUCGCUAUCGUCUCCCAGCGUGAACAAAUAAAUUAUCCAUAAGCAAUAAUAACGACUCAAAGGCGCUGCCGACGGGUAUUCCGUCGCGACAUGGCACGAUACAAAAGCGCGCGGAACUCCUAACUGUUCAUAAUCCCACGCAGACUAUAAAUUGAAUCGGUCAUAAUCAAAUAAGGCUCGUUGCCGGAGCGCGGCUGAUUGGAGAGCGCGGCACGAACGCACCGCAGCGUACAUACGACCGCGCGUCGGACUCCGCGCACUCGCUCGUUGAGGCACUUCCAUCUACGACGGCCGCUAUGCCUUUUUCGCUUGACGGCGCGUCGUCAACGGCACAAUGCGCGCUAUUGCGCGCAUUGCCGCAGUGCCCCGCCGUGCCUUCACGCGUUGUUUCUUUGGCCGUUUCCUCGUCGCGCGUUCCGUGCGUCGACGGUCAGCGGCAACGACCACGCUGUCAGUGCACUGCCGUUCGUAAGAGCCGUCGAUUCUCUUAGCGUGUCCCUUUUCCCGUCGCCGUGCACGCGGCAGGGGAAAUUGAGCUCAACGUUAUUACAUACCGCUCGCAAUUUCCCACGUAGAACCAAUGAAAAUGAUGGCGAGGAUGUUGAUUUCCUGAUACGUACGUCAUCGUGCUGCGUCGGUGGAUCGCUCGCUAAUCGAAAACGAAAGAGAAGAAAGCGGAGGAAGGGAAAACGAUGUCACACCACAGUAAAGAUACUUGUGAUCAAAGAACUGCAGUGAUCGACCAUGAGAAACAGUUUCAAGAAGACUUGGAGCGAGCCCAAGCUCUUAGUUUAGAAAGCCUGGCGUUAGAAAAAUUUAGAUUGCAGAAGUUGCGUUCUGAAACUAGCAAUGUACAACAAUCCGGCUUUACACAAAACAAUGUGUGCAAUACAAUUAGUGCCACAUCGGAGACAAAUGGUUCACAGGAAGAAAGGUCACAAUGUAGAAGUCGACCAAGACCAGGGUCCAUUAAUACAAAUCAAAAUAAUGCUGCAAUAUUAGCACCGCCACCUCCAAUACCAUGUAGAAGAAAUUCGACGACUACUGCAGCGAGUCAAGAUUUUUCUACUGAUUUAAUCAAUUUUACCAGUCCAGUAAAGCAGGAUAAUUUAACAGAAUAUUGUUCAGCACCGCCUCCACCUCCACCAAAAGUGCCGGUAGAACCUAAAUGGGAGACCCAUCCAUCGUUGUUGAAGAAAGAGUCAAGAAUAUCUCGAAGUAACAGUUCAGUUGGAGCGUAUCAUUCCAGGGAUUUCAGAUAUCAUUCUCUCUCUCCAGGACCGCAAUCCUCUACAGCACCAUGCACACCGGGAACACCAGGGAUUAGUCCCAUUAUGUCAAGAGCCAGUAGCGUUAGCAACAAUGUACCUGAUAUUGCACCACAGAUUCCUCCUUUGCCUAUGAAUUAUAGACCAACCGUUGCCCCUGCCAUAUGUGCUCCACCAAUACCGACGUUCAGUGUAGACGACGAACAGUUAAACGUGUUAAAAGUAAUAGAGAAAAAACCAAAUAGCAAUCUUAUAGAUUUGAGUAAUUUUGAGCAAAUGGACGAUAAAACAAACGUACGAGUUAGUGUCUUGGAGGCAUUUGAUCCAUUACUCAUUAAGACUGACGGUGGAAGCGAUUUCAUACAAGAACGCAAAGAUGAUCCACGAUCGCCAGUUGGUGACAGUGUAUACGAUCCAUUCGAUCCAUUUGAUUACAUGUAUAGUACAAAUGAAAGCGCCAAUUCGGAUCCAGUUUAUGCCGCGGUGGAGAAAUCGGCAAAAUCGCCGGCUAUAUCGCCAGCUGCACCGCCCCCAUUACCACCUCGCAACUCGUCAGCAUGGAACACUAUUGAAAGGCGGAAAACUUCGUUAGACCGUCGACAAAAACGUCAAACGCGAUUGUAUGAAAAUGUGACAGUUAUCAAAACUAGAUCGUCCCUACACGAUUGUGAUCUGAAGGCGUUUCAUAAAAUGAUAAAGUCCAUACGAAGUGAGUUUCCAUUUAAUGAUCCUAAUACAAAUAUCGGAUAUGUUAUCAGUCCGAUAAUGGAAAACUUGUACCCGGAUGGUACAAGUGUAAAAUUAGUAGUACAUCCGCAAUUAAUUAAUAAUGAUAAGGAUCCUGCGCUAUCUAUCACUUUCACUUGCAACGUGAGCUGCAGCGUCGAGCAUGUUAUUUUGAAUGUCGCUUGUUCCUUAGAUGAGGAAGAUACAGUGAAUGUAGAAAAGUAUUGUUUAAGAGUAUGGGGAUUAGCGGAAUAUUUCGCGCCUAAUACAACGUUAGCACAGUACGAGUAUAUACAUCAGUGCAUUAAACUGGAAAAAGAUAUCGAAUUAGCUAUAAUGAGCAAGGCACAAAUUAAACAAUCGAUUGCUCGAACACUGCAGGAUGAUAAUCGUGAUCAGUGUCUAAAAUUGGAAGAUAUUUUACCAAAUGAACCCUUGCAACCCAUUUCGUACGAUACAUUAAUUAUCUUACUAGAAACGGUCGAAAAGGAAAUGGAACGCGUGGAGAACACGGCGUUACAAUUGGCAACGACGAAUCACGGUUCUAGCUUAUUACCUCAACUUCAGCCGCGUGGCGUAGUGCAAGCGGUGAAAGCAGUUUGUGCCUUAAUGGGGAACAUCGAGACGUUCGAGAUCACGGAGGCCGUUGACAAUUUCGUUAAUGCUUGCUGCCAAUUCCUGCCGCAAGCCCAUACAGCUAAUAUAGAUUGCAAGAAACCCGAGAUCAUACACGAGGACGGUGAUUACGCUGUGGUUACCUUGAGAAAAAAGUUUCCCGACGUCAUCGCCUCGCAUUGCCACAAAAUUCGCGAUGCUGUUCAAGAACUCGUCGAGACGUAUUGCCAUGCAUUCAGAGUUGAUUUCCAAUUAAACAGCAAAGGAGAAUUCCCGACAAAUACGCUGGCCUCAUCAGAAGUAAUCGAUACGAUUUUGGUGCGUAUUGGAGCUUUACAUAGAUUACCGACCACGUGGAAACACGACGAUUACAUAGUGGCAGCCCAGAUCUUUCAUGGAACCAGACCAGUAGGAAAUGCAGUCAUAUCAGAGCCGAUGACGGUCAGCACGAAUUUUUAUCCAAGGAUUUUAUUUAAUUCGUGGUUGGAGUUUCGCGGGAUAAGUAUUUGUCAAGUACCAAGGGAGGCUAGACUCGUGCUAGUUCUUUACGGUCGUACUCUGCAACCUACGGAGCACGAGUCCAAUUCGUCCAGUUCGGAGAGCGCAAUGCAGAAGGAAGACCUCGGAUGGGGCGCUAUACAAUUCUUCGAUUAUGACGGCGUUAUGAGCCAAGGAAGUUUUUUUCUGUCUCUUUGGCCAGCCAUCGCGGAUAAGAGAUUGGGUCCGGCGCCGGCGCCUGGAAUUCAUCCACAUGGCGAUAUUCAUCCUAUUAUAGGGCUGGAAUUACCCGAUUACGGAGGAAAAGUGUUGUUCCCAACGGAAUUAAGAGACUACGAUGUGGAAUCGCUAGAUUUCAAUUCGCUGGAUCAGAAUACGCAAGAACUACUAACAGAUAUUACGCAACAAGAUACGUUUUCGAGACCGCCCAUUGACGAAAGAGAAAUUUUAUGGGAAAAAAGGCAUUAUUUGCACGAUAGACCGGAAGCUUUACCUAAAAUAUUAUUAGCUGCGCACAGCUGGGAUUGGGCGUGCUUACCAGACUUACACGCGUCGCUCAGAGUUUGGAGUCCAUUGCCUCCAGUACAAGCUUUACAAUUACUCUUACCAUGUUUCCCAGAUAUGAAAGUCAGAGAAAUGGCAGUUGGGUGGAUUCGUGAGCUAAGUAACGACGAGCUCGUGGACUAUUUGCCUCAGUUACUACAAGCGAUGAAGCAUGAGACAUAUGAAGCUUCACCAUUGGCCAGAUUUUUGUUAGAACGUGCCUUACUUUCACCGAGGGUAGCGCAUCACGUUUACUGGCUGCUAAAUCAAACGCUGCCGGGACAGAGUCCUCAGAAUUCUGCUGAAACCGCCGCGGAAGACGACAAAGCUAUCAGCUGUGCCCGUUACCACCGAAGAUUGCAGUUAAUGUUAAGAGCAUUAUUGGCAGUUAUUGGAGAUGCGUUGAGAAACAGUUUUCUCACUCAACAAUUGCUGGUUAAGAACUUACAUGAGGUGGCUGAAAAUAUUAAAGUUACGAAGGAAUCGUUACGAAUGGAAACACUUAAAACUGGCUUACAAAAUAUACAUUGCCAGUUAAUGGAAGAUGAUGGCACAUGUUUACCGCUUUCCCCCAGUAAGUUAGUAUUCGGUAUCAAUGUACAAACAUGUGCCUAUUUCCCGUCAUUCACACUUCCGUUGAAAAUUAACUUUAUUACCUGUGACAGUGUCAUAAAUCCGGCAAUCUUCAAGGUUGGUGAUGAUUUGCAACAGGACAUGUUGACCUUGCAAAUGGUGCGCAUUAUGGAUAAAUUAUGGUUGAAGGAAGGUCUCGAUCUGAAAAUGGUCACUUUCGCUUGCGUGCCAACUGGCCACAAGCGUGGGAUGAUAGAAAUGGUAACGAAUGCAGAGACACUACGGAAAAUCCAAGUUGAGUUCGGAUUAACUGGAUCGUUCAAAGACCGACCGAUCGCGGAGUGGUUAGCGAAGCAUAAUCCUUCGGAACUGGAGUACGAGAGAGCAGUGGAAAAUUUCACUGCAUCCUGCGCCGGUUACAGCGUAGCCACUUACAUAUUAGGAAUCUGCGAUAGACACAAUGACAAUAUUAUGCUGAAAACGUCUGGUCACUUAUUCCAUAUCGAUUUUGGAAAAUUCCUUGGUGACGCACAAAUGUUCGGAAACUUCAAGAGAGAUAGGACACCGUUUGUACUGACGUCGGAUAUGGCAUAUGUUAUAAAUGGAGGAGACAAACCUUCAGCAAAGUUUCAUCACUUUGUGGAUCUGUGCUGUCAAGCUUUCAAUAUAGUGCGAAAACAUGGAAAUCUUAUUCUUCAUCUUUUUGGAUUGAUGACUUCGUCUGGUAUUCCGGGAGUGACCAUGGAUGCAGUUAAUUAUGUGCAGAAAGCUCUGCUUCCUGGACAAACCAAUCCCGAGGCGGCGGCAACAUUCGCUCGUAUGAUAGAAAGUUCACUGAAAAGUUGGUUCACGCAAUUCAAUUUCUUCCUGCAUAAUCUAGCGCAACUCAGAUUCUCCGGAGAUCAUAGUGACGGAGAAUUGUUGUCUUUUAUUCCGCGUACCUACACGAUGCAACAGGAGGGCCAAUUGACAAGUGUACAAGUUCAUGGAUAUCAAAAGCGUUAUGAUCCAGAGAAAUAUUAUAUGUAUAUUUUGCGAAUACAACGGAAAAGCCAACCAGAUCCAACAUAUCUAUUCCGAUCAUACAAAGAGUUUUGUGAAUUUUAUCAGAAAUUGUGCAUCCAUUUUCCACUUGCCAAAGUAACCAGUCUGCCAAGUGGUAUAAGCGUGGGACGUUCCAACAUCAAACAAGUGGCCGACAAACGACGAGCGGAUAUAGAAAAAUUCCUUGUAAGCCUGUUUAAAAUGGCACCGGAAAUAUCACAAAGCGAUUUGGUUUAUACUUUCUUCCAUCCGUUGCUACGAGAUCAACAAAAUGCCGACAUUCGUUUACGUAAAGUUAAAGUUGGAAAUUGGUGGGCCGAAAAGAGAAUUAGAGAUAAUGUGCAAAGUGGUCAAAUCAAGUUAUCUCUUCAUUACACUCGUGGCACUUUGUCAGUCAUGAUUUAUCACGCUCGAGGUCUCCCAAAAGUAGCUAACGCUCAAGAGCCAAAUACAUACGUGAAGGUGUAUCUUAAACCUGAUCCCCCAAAGGCAACAAAACGAAAAACAAAAGUGGUAAAAAAGAAUUGUCAUCCGUCGUUUAUGGAAAUGUUGGAAUAUAGAAUGCCUCUAGAGGUAAUUAGAGAGAGGACACUUGAAGCUACGAUAUGGAAUCAUGAUACUUUGCAAGAAAAUGAGUUUCUCGGUGGUAUAAGUUUACCACUUGGACGUCUUGAUUUGAAGAACGAAACGAUUGAGUGGUUUCCAUUAGGUAGCGUACGAUGAAACGAGUAUAAAGACUGCCCUGGAAUGAAGUCUCUUAAUGCUCAUAUACAUAUUAUUAGAGUAACCCAAAUAUGAAAAAACGUAGUAUAUGCUAUCGCACAACAUUAAAUCUUCUUUAUUACGCACGGCCAAGUGCAAUAAUUGCCGUGUUUAAUCAUGAUAAAUUAAUUAUAAUUAUUUAUAUAGUUUUGCGCAUUUCCGUUGCAAAACGUUGUAUCUUUACGAAGUAAUAUCGGUAUGAUAUAAACUAUGUGAUAUCUAAAAGUUAUAUAUAAGGAAGCAGGAUUAAUCUCUAUAAAACUUUCAAAACUGUCGCUGAGAAAAAUAAUACACCUAACUCUAACGAGUAUCCAACUAUGCCGUAAAUCGGCAUAAUAAGUCAUGAGGAAUGGAGACAAUUGGAGAGUUACAAAACUUAAAAAUUGUAUACUACGGUUAUAUAUAUAUUUACCUAAUUAUAUUUUCGAAAAUAUCACGAAAGAUAGAAAAAUUCCGCACGAAUGUAACAUCAUAGAUUUAUAUUGGAAAUUUACUCUUUUUUUACAGAAAUUUUAUACAUAUUUAUUUAUAUCACUUUUUAUCGAUUAUAUUAAUCACCAAUUGUAAAUAGACUAAAUGUAUUUUAUAUAUUGUAUGAACGUGACAAGAUCAUUUGUAAGUAACUAUCGAGUUACUCUUUUACAACAUUUUAUAAGACGAAUAAAAGUUUGCAAUUAAUUGCCUCUAGCUAAAAGCUAAUCUUUAUAUACUAAAUACAUACUGCAAGAACAUGCUUUGCGGACUUUUAAGGUAUAACUUUAUUAUUAGAAAAAAAUUUAUAUAAUUGUCUAUCUAUGUAAUGGCCUCACUUAUGAUAAAUGAACAUAAUAAUAAUAAAAUUAUGUAAAUAUAUUAA